AUGGAAAAUGAUAUAUUUGAAAAAAAUAGAAAUGUAUUAGAACGUAUAUAUUUAAAUAAGCAUGUUGUUGUGCAUCCAAUAGUUUUAUUAUCAGUUGUUGAUCAUUAUAAUCGUAUUGCAAGUAAUACAAAGAAGAGAGUUUUAGGAACUAUACUAGGAGAAAAAAUUGAUGGUGUUGUGCAUAUAACAAAUAGUUAUGCAUUACCAUUUGAAGAAGAUAUAAAAGAUAUAAAUAUUUUUUAUAUUGAUGAUAAUUACAAUGAAAAUUUAUUUAAUAUGAUUAGAAAAAUAAAUACUAGAGAAAAAAUAGUAGGAUGGUAUACAACAGGGUCCAAUAUUAAGCCAAAUGAUAUUUUUAUAAAUGAAAUUUUUUAUAAAUAUCAUCAUGCUCCCAUUUUCUUACUUGUUAAUGUUCACACAGAUCAAAGUAUAUUUCCUGUUAAUGCAUAUGUAGCUAUUGAAAAAGCUAUACACGACAAUAAAUUUAGAAAAACGUUUAUACAUAUCCCUGUUACUAUAGGUGCUUUUGAGGCUGAAGAAGUAGGUGUUGAAUUUCUAUUAAAAGAAUUAAAAAGUGUUUCUACGUCAACUUUAGCAACUAAAGUUGGUGAUAAACUCUCUUCCUUAAAAAGUCUAAUAUCUAAAUUAUACGAAAUUUCAUCUUAUUUAAAUGAUAUUUUAAAUGGAAAUAUAGAAAUGAAUAUAAAAAUAUUAUAUAAUUUGCAAAACAUCUUUAGUGUAUUACCAGAUAUAGAAAAUGCUGAAUUAAUUGAAGCAUUCAUGGUUAAGAAUAAUGAUUUAAUGCUAAAUAUUUACAUAGGAAGCAUAACUAGAUCGGUUAUAGCUCUUCAUAAUCUUAUUAACAACAAAAUUGAAAAUAAAAUCAAUUCAGAAAAAAAAAAACUUUUAGAAAAUGAGAAGGAAAAAGAAAAAGAAAAAGAAAAAGACAAAGAAAAGGAUAAGGAAAAAGGAAAAAAAAAGCAUAAAGAAAAAGAAUCAAAAGAGGAUUCAAUUACAAAGUAA